AUGAACAAAGACCUCGCGGGACUCGGCCCAAGAGCUCGACUGAAAGAUAUCGCACGUGCCAUCAAAUUGCACGCGGAAUCCCGGUCGCUUUACGAUGUGAAUCUUCCGCGUAGUGACCUUUACGUACUUCUUGCGAGCGAUAUUGACUGUAUCGAGCACGAGGUGGCUAGAUUGAGAGCACAGCUUAACGCAUCAUCACCCUCGCACAUGAUUCCACCCGACAUUUGGAUGAACAUAUUCCACCACUUGGCCGCUUUGAUGCCUCACUCGUACGGCUACCAAGACUGCGGAGGCCUUGGGUGGAUCAGGGCGGCCACUCACGUCUGCCGCUACUGGCGUAGCGUAGCAAUGCAAGACAAAAGCCUGUGGCGUCACGCCACAGAGGCUCUGGGACCCGAAUGGCUCGCUCUGAUGUUAUCCAGAAGCGGGUACAAACCUGAGGCGCUCGGUCUUUGGGGAGCCAAGGAAAGCAUGUUCUUACGCCCCGGCGCACCACCGCUUUGUGAAUUAACUCGCUUGAGACGGUUGUGCAUCUUCAUCGGCGAUGCAUACGGUCUGGAUCCCCGCGUCUUAAGCCUUGAAGCACGUGACAUUCACACCUUGAAAAUACACGCACGGACUGUGGACGUGUUCGGCAUAAGCGAGGGGAAGAUAGCCCCGAUCGAUGUCACGUCCGUGGAAACCCUGUUUCCAAAGCUUCAAGCCCUUCUCAUACACAACCUACCCUACGUCGUGCCAAGCCAAGUUUUUGGCCUCCGAUCCACACUGUCACAAUCUCUGGACACGCUCUCGCUCACGCUCAACCGAUGGACGAUCCACUCUCAAACGGAUGUCUGCGUCCUCACAGAGUUUUUGCGGUCCCAAGCCACCCUUCGCUCCCUGACAAUAAGGGGUUACUCCUUUGCUCUCAGUCAAGAUGACAUAGCCACCGAGACGGACGAUAAGAAGGUUCAUUGCCCGAACCUGAAAUCUUUGCUCCUGGAAAUCGAAGAAGAUGAGAGUGCAUUGGCCAUUUUGGCCCGCCUAUCCUUCCCGCAUGACGCAAAAGUUGCCAUCCGCACAACGUCACCGGUACGCGAAGAGCCUAGCAAAGCCUUUGAGAGCUUUCAGAGGCGUAUGCUUGGCAGUGACUCUCCCAUGUCGAACAUGCGAGCGGCCAUAUGGUGCCGGUUGGAUUCGAGGCCAUGGUUCAAAGCGCAGAUACGCGCGCCGAGGCACGCACACGAGAGGCCGGCUGUUGGCCUGUUUAUGUAUCGACGCGGAUCAGCCGCUCGUCUUCUAACCAGUUUUGGGAAGUCCCCGUGCGAUGGUGACCGCGCCGACUUUGAGCUGGUCUUUGAAUGCAGACAGAUUGACGGUGUACCGGAGCUCAACAGCAUCGUACCUUUUGCAUCAUUCCGAGAUGUAAGGUUCAUGUCCAUUCUUUCAACGGAUGGCAAACCAAGUGUCGUGGACUACAAACGUGGCUGGAAACCUCUAUUUGAGGUGGCACAAUAUUUGGAGUGGUUGCGCGUAGAUGGUUCGGCGGUGGGUAGGUUGUUGCUGGACGCUUGCUGCGAAAAACCGGGCUCAUGUCGGAGCGCGCUGGGAAGUGUCAAGGAGCUAGUUAUGCUCGAUAUAUCAUCGCUCGCGCGGUGGUGGAUUCCCAUGUGCAGUCUUAAAGACUUGCUGUUGCACGAUGACUUCUCCCUUGAAGCCAUCACUGUCGAGGAAGACAUGUUUGAACGAGCUACGAAAAUCUUCGGCGACUCGCUUGAUGUUCACCGAGAAGCGGACAUGCGCCAGUUGUAUUUUGACAGUAAAUUAUGA